AGGUGUCUCGAUGCCAGCGCCGCCGUUCAGGGUGGUGCCAUCCUUUGACCACCCCCACGCCGCCUCUUUCUCGCUGCGACGCCAUUUUGGAUCACGGUGGGCGGUCAUAGUGGUCGCAGUUGAUCGGUGCUAACAGCUGAGCUUGCGUUGUUCGAGGCACUCGCUGGUGGUUCAACGUGUUUGACAGUGUUCGACUGCAUUACUGACAAGCUUGUCAAGUCCACUGAGCCAUCAUGACGGGAUGUUGUGUGCCAAUGUGCUCCGGGUCAACACUUAAAGGCCUGCGUUGCUUUCGCUUCCCCUGGGACUCGGAGCGAAGAAAUUAGUGGGAAGCUCAAGUAAAGCGGGAUCGGUGGAACGCAACUGACAGCUCAUAUAUCUGCGAGUAACCAAAGCCUGUCUCUGAGCGUCCUGUUCACAAAGCACGCCACCAAUUCCGCAUGGCGACCGGCCAAGGGUCUGCGAUGGAGUCAUUGGGCGAUUCGUGGAGCGACGUCGUGGAUGGCGCUGAGAACGCGGAGCCGGACGCACCCCCGCUCGCCGUCGACUCCAACCAUCGAUCCCAGCAGCGAGCACGUCGCCGCGGUUUUCGUACGUCUGCCCAAGGCAACAAGCCGCACGGUACCGGCCACCGGAGGCCCCUUCACGCCAUGCACUACUUCUCGUUCGCAAGGUUCGCAGGCAGACACAGCGAAGCCAGCCGGAGAGGAUCCAUCAGCUCUGCGGCACAGCUACAACACGAAGGCAGCGGGGCCAUGGAAGCACCACUGCUGAGCGCCUUAUUCCUCCUCACCAGCUUGCUCUUCCUGGUGUCGCUGCUCAGCCUCUACUAUUCCAUGGCCUUCAGUCACAUUCGACGUUGGUUGAAACUGACUGAAGAGUACGACGAUUGUCGAACGAAGUUCUGCUGCGUUUUUGGCACCCGUGUGAAAAGCGUGCGCAACGAAUCCACCAAUCUCUGCGAGGAUAUCUACACGCCCAUGUGUUCCACCGUGGAUCUUACUUGCCCCGACGGCGAGAUUACAUCCGAACACCGUACGUGGAGUGUAUCCGAGGCGCUGACCAGGCGACUGCUCGGACUGGCUGAAGUGCUGGGUUCGCCAGAAGCGCUGGAGAAUCCGGCCAGCAACGUUUCCGCUCUCCUCUUUCGCUCUUGCCUUGCCAGAGGACAUCACCUUUCUGUGCAGGCCGGCAUGCGACGGCUCUUGUCCUCCGUCGGCUUGUCCUCGUGGCCGUUUCGGGAGAACGAGUCUGUUGACGUGGCCGUCGCACUCAUGGUGCAACUGCGAGAUUUCGCUGCACCCUUCGUCGUGACGCUGUCCAUCAGGGAGCCAGUCGGGAACUCGCGCACACGGACCAUUUCUCUGGAGCCGCCCGAUCUGUUGCUCAGCCCAGCGUCUUGGAUGCUGGCCGUUGGUCCAGAUGAGGGCAUCGAGGAGGUCAAGCAGCAUCACCAGAAGGCGUACGAGAAAUACGCUCUGGCAGUCUUCCGCGAGCUGCUGCCGGACGCCUUCUCGAGUGUUCCUCUGUCCAAGCUCGCCACGCAGCUCUACGUCUUCGAGCAGGCCCUGGCCGCCCACAUUCCCCGGCGUUCGACCUCCGUGGAACACCUGGAGGCACAACUGCGUCUCCUGCAAGACAGCGAGGACGUGGCGCAGUGGAGUGGCAUACUUGGUGGCGUGUUUGGAAGCUUAGGACAGUCGACCCUAGAGCUGGUCCCGGUGGUGGUCUUUAGCCGCUACUACCUGGCAUUCCUCAAUGACCUGCUGCUGAAAAGGUCUGUGGUGCUGGCCAACUACCUGGGCUGGCGUCUUGUCGAGUACGUCGCCUGGUCCGGUUCGACAAGUCUGCGCAACCAGCGGCACCAUUUCUGGGACUCUGUGAUGCCGUUCCAGCUUAGCACACAAUCUCCGGAGUUGCGCUGUGUCGCGGAGGUCUACCAUCUGCUCCCGGAGUCCAGCAGCCGCCUCUACCGGUCCGCGGUGGCACUGCUACCUAAGAGCGAGCGGAUACUUUUGAAGCUCACGGUGUCGGCGCUAAAGAUGGCUAUGACCGCGACCUUGCAGGGUUCGCCCUGGGUGGACAACGCAACGCAGUGGCACGCCGUCCGCAAGGUUCAGAGCAUGAAUGUCUCUUUCGGUCACGGGAAUCUUCCACCAGCAGAACGAUUGACCUCGGGCGAGAGCUUCAACGAGACCGACUUGUACGAGAACCUGCUGACGCUUGCCCGGAGGAAAGCGCAGGUGCUCCGUGCCACCUUGCGCGGCGAAGACCCGAUAGCUUCCAGGGGCGUCAAUCACAUCGGAGUAGCGCCCGUCUACAAUCCCGUAAGGAACACACUAUAUGUUCCUUACGGACUGCUAGUAAUCCCACUAUUCACUGACGUAACUCCGAGCGUUCACUUCUCGAACUCGGGGUUCAUAAUUGCCAAGGAAAUGCUGCAAGCCUUCUUGGGCACCGGGCAAUAUUUUCAUGACGACGGCCUCAAGAACCACUCUUGGUGGUCUCUGUUUACGACAGCGAACUUCGAAGCAAACAAGCAAUGCAUGGAGUAUAUUCUGAGGGACAAAUCCAAUUCCAGCCUUACGGAAGAAGAGCUGACCGACCUCCUGUGGAGUGGAGCCGCACUGCACAUUGCCCACAAGGCGUUCCGGAUCUUCUUGGGCCAGUACGCCGAGUGGCUGCAGAAGAUCGCCGCCUCCAAGACUCUGUACACGCAGUCGCAGCUCUUUUUCCUCGGUUUCGUUCUGAACAGAUGUACCUCGUCGCUGCUGCAAAUGCCUCUUACUCGCAAAACUAUGACCGAGCGCGACUGGGUGAACCAGGUGACGCAGCAGGGCACCAACUUCCGCAAGGCCUUCCGGUGCCCGGGCCCUGCGUCGUGCCCCUUUUGGAGGCUCGAGGAGAACGACUGCUGGGACGACAGCGAUUAUGCGGCGUCGUGGCCGCCGACGGCGCAGACGGCGCAGACGGCGGACGUUUCACUCAUCGACUCCUAGAGGCAGUGCAUCGCUAUUGAUCGGCCCGCUUGUGCACAACUCAGGAGAAUUGUUCAUGAGACUAAGUUGUGAAACGUGUGGCGCCAAAGUGUAUCAACCCUUUAGGCAAUGUUACAGGUGCACUUUGUUUUUCAUGGACGAGUGCACACUCUACGGUGCAUUUUUUGGUGCGUUGUGUUUUGUGGCUUGCGAACACGGUGGUCGUGAUGCGAUAAAACAAUCGAGAACAAGCGCUUCUUGCCUUCUUAUUCUUAUUGUCGAGCGAAACUAAUUUCACGAAGACCUAAUGCAGCAAGCUCUGUACAUCGCUACAUCGUCGGAUUGCCGUACUGUUACUAGGGGAAGAAGUACUUGGCUAUGGGGAAAGGAUUAUCUGGAUGGCUGCUAUGCGCGAGCCUGUGGACUAUACAGCGUCUGUACUCUACCAGCCGAAUAUUUUGUUAUUUGCUUUUGACUGCUGCAAAAAUAAGGGGAGAAUGUGUUUUUAUACUUCCUUGCACUUCUGAAGGAGUGCUUGCAUGCGCAGUAACAUAUGCGCAGUAAUAUACCCUCUGGUCGUGUUAGACACGCAGUGACUUUGCGGUUCCUUUUAAAGUGCAAUGAAGGAUUAUAUCUGGACAAAUUGUCCAGCAGGAACGUAAUGAGGGUGAGCGAUUUGGGAUGGGAACAAAUUAAAUAGAAUCCUGCACUGAAAUAAUCUGUGAAAGAAGGCCUGGUCAGUAGUUUUGAUAUGCAGGGGGCUGUGUGGUAAAGGUUUGGUAUUUGUUUACCUAUUGCUUGAGGUCAUUAUUUAGCCUUUAUGACCAUCUUCGUACGCAGUAACAGUAGAAGAUUCCUCACAGCAAUUCGCGUUCUGAACAGAGAGGCUAAAUCAAUAGUUGUUACAUUGCCCUUAAAAGAAGAAAGUUUGACACGCAGACAACUUUCAAAUUCUGCUCAUAAUGUACGUGAUUGCUUUGAUAUAUUCAGUCGCUAAAUAUAUAGUUAAUGUUUGAGCACUGUGUAUUGCCAUAUUGAUUACAAUUUCAUGUCUCUUUUUAGUAUUUACAGACGGUAUUGCCCGAAUGAAAAUUGGAGUGCUCGUUUGCACAGUCCACCGGUGGUAGAAAAUACCGCCAGCCAAAUAAAGGCUACAGAAAUGAAUUCUAAAGUUUCUUUAUACCACGCCAUUUCGUGUAGAGUGGCGACAGAUCUGUUUGCGCCGCCAUAUUUUGUCAGAAACCGUCAAGGCAUCGCUAUAGCAGGUAAUUGUUAUCACAGGUAUUUUUUUUUUAUCCGCACCCAAUUUUUGAAAAUUCCCCAAGGCAGACAGCACAGUCUUCACACUUGAGCUAAAUUGCUCGAUGCGGCGGAUGUCUCUUCUGCGAGAAAUUAAAAUUAAUAAUUGAAAUAUUAGGGUAAUUAUGCUAAUCAAUUCUUAAAUUAAUUUUUAAUGCCAUAUAUUGUCAGUGUAGCCGGCAUGUUCGCAAGGUGUAUCCACUCGGAACACAUUGCCAGGGCUAUACGAACUUCAAGACAAUUUCCACAGUGUCCGAGGGAAUACUUUGGCGUCCUGGUUACUCUCGUGCCUCAAUGCAUAAAAUAGCGUUUUCUUCAAAAAGUAAGCGGAACAACAGUGCAUUCUUCCCGCAAGCUUGUCGGCGCAAUUCUCUAAACCGGUAAUUCUGAGAAUUCGUUCCAAACCGAUACGCCUUCCAAGCUCGCUAGAUACAAUUUGCAAAUUGCAGUGUGUGCUGUAACCUAAUUGGGAAAGUCAAGCUUAGUAAAGUUUCACUAAUUAUACAAAUGUGCAAUUGAUUGCUCAUGGAAAAUAUUUUCUGCUGAUCGAGUAAUUUAGUUCAAUGCUUACAAUUAUAGCAACUGCCGCAGGCGUUUUCCUAAAGCGUGUAGCAUAAAAAGCUAUAUAUACGUUCUGUGCUUACUGGCUAUGCCAUAGUACGUUUUUUUAUGUUUGUACGUCAGCGUGCGCUAUAGCGUGUACAUUUUACUUGAGCAACCGGAACGAGCUCAACAUUCAAUGACAAUCACGCUGUAGGGCAAGCAUCAAGUCCCGGUAAACGCGAAUGCUUUUGCGUCCACUUUCAGUAAGGAUUGUCAAAUUGGUUUAGCAAGAUUUCAGAUGUCACCCGUCGAAAAACAUGCUAAAGAACGAGUAAUAAGUGCCCAUGCUUCACUGCAUCAAGUUUUCUCGCAAAAUAUGGUGGUAGCGCUGCGCGUGCCUGGUCAAAUAUUGUCGCCGAUUGGUACAGCGUGCGGCAGGGCUAAAGUAUCUGUCGCGAUAAGCACACGCUAGCAGAACUGCAAACCAGGCUAGUUUGCAGCUAUUUAUUAUGAGUACGGCGCACGCUCAACAAAAAUAGGUCGGAAGGGGAUUUAAAUCCCUUGUCCUCCAGCGCAUUCCCGCUUCGGCAUUUUAUUCACACCCACACGUGGGAUGGAAAACAACAAGGUUUUGAAGGUCAUGUCAUGUCGAUUUUUUGCUCCUGCAGGUUAGUGACCGGAGUGAAGUGAGUAAAUGUCUCUGGUUUCACUCCACAUUCUGGUGUAAACGGACGAGUGUGGGAAGUUUUAGUGCACAUCAGCUUCGAAAAUUCCCAUAUGGGCUAAUUUCUAUUUAAAGUGUAUAUUGCAAGACUAGACGAAGACAAGGAAGCGCCCGUCCUGUUUACUUCCUUGUCCUCAACUAGCCUUGUGCUAUCCAUGCAUAAACAAUAUAAAGAACCACCAUAAAGAAUAUUUGGGGAGCGGAGAUGAUGCAAGAACACUGGAAGUUGUUAGCUCGGAGUUCUAUUCGAUAGAUCUCUCGCUCUUCCACUGUGACGUUUUCCUUCCAAUGAAACGUUAAUGGUCACGUUAUGAUAUUUUGUUACUGUAAGGUGAAUGGAAAAUAUACCUUGCGUAGAAAUGUAGAGCAAUUUUCCCAUUUGUACCAACUAAAUAAAAACGCAUGUUGGAGGGUAGAUACUUGGGUGGUGUUUAGUAGGUUUUCGGCUAUACGACGCACUAUGCUGUCGCAAGGUUAGCAUCGGUUUCGUUAUACGUGGUGAUCGUGAUGUCAUCUUGAGAAAGUGGUGCCUUUAGAAUAGAUAAAUGUUGAGCAGUAAAGUAUUCCUCAGCCACUAUUGUUCCACACGAUCACGCAGUGUUCAACGUUUUCGCAAAACACAUUGCUGGGAUUUGUCGGGAUAGGGAUAUCUUUCACGUUUUUCACACAAUAUCCUUCAUCUCAAUUAAAUGCCCGCCGUGCAAUUGCUCCAAGAAAAUCCGGACAGGGCAAGGGAAUCGUAUCGCGACAUCUGUAUUGGCAUAAGUGGUCUUAGAACUUACUCGAGCUCCAUCGAAAAUCUGGUUUAUGGUUUUGUUCGCGCAUUUGCUUCGUUAAUGUCAACUACUAUGUAUUGCAUGUGUAAUACGCUAUAUUAAACUCAAUGUUCGUAUUG